AUGUAUCAAACUCAAAGUUUACCAACAACUCCACCACUACUGUACAGCAGUAAUAGUACAUCGGCGAUGACGACAACAAGGACAACAACCACCUCUACCCUACCAUAUUACUCGUCUUCUGCAUCGUCUUCUGUGCAUCACCACCAUCCCCUUGCAUCGUAUGGCGGUGGUCAAAACUCUUUUUAUCCAUCGUCUUCUUCGUCUUCGUCGUCGUCGUCAUCGGCAUCGUCCUCACCAACCUAUGACCAUCACAAGAAAAGGGAGAGAUCGCCAGAUAGAGAUAAAACGCAUACCACCUCUUCAUCAAUGUCAUAUUACCACCAAACAACUACGACCACAACUAUGACUCCUCCACUUUUAUCAUCAUUGUCGUCUUCACCAGCUUGGCAUGGUAAUAAUAGUAAUAGUAAUGGCAAUGGUAGUAAUAUGACAAUGACAAACAACCGUAGUAAUAAUAUUAAUAAUAAUAAUAAUCAUCAUAAUAAUCAUAAUAAUAAUAAUAGUGGAAGACAAUCAUAUGUCUAUCCAUCUUCAUCUUCUUCAUCUUCAUCUUUAUCAUAUAGACCUUCAUUGACAACAUCACAUGAUUAUGACCAUAAAAGAAAUAAUAAUAUUAAUAAUAAUUAUCAGCAUCAACAUCAACAUCAACAACCACAACAUAAUCAUCAUAAUAGUAAUAAUAUUAGUAAUAAUUAUCAACAACAACAAGAUAUUAGAAAAGAUAAAUAUUAUCCAACGACGACAACAACAAUAAUGACUACUACUACACCACCUUUACCAUCAAAUAAUAAUAAUAAUCAUAUACAUCAUUUAUCUUCAUCUUAUCCAUCUUCAUCAUAUUAUAAUAAUCAUAGUCAAAUUAAGAGAUAUAAAACUUCUGAAGACUAUCAUCAUAAUCAAAAUAGUAAUAAUCAUCACCAUAAUCAACCAACAACAACAACGACACCGACAACACAAUAUCCUGAUAAAUAUUCUUUAGAUAAUCAUUACCAAUACAAGAAUUCUUCCUCCUCCUCCUCUUCUUCUUUUAAUAAUACUAAUAAUAAUAAUAAUAAUAAUAGAAUUACUCAGCCUUCACCUGGAUCGAGACAUUUAUCAAUUGAUAGAUCCUACCAAAACCACCACCAUCAUUCCAAUCACAACGCCAAUAAUAAUAAUAAUAAUACUAAUCAUUAUAACAAUCGUAAUAAUAAUAAUCAUCAAUAUUAUCAACAGCAACCGCAACAACAACAACAACAACAACAUUAUGAACAUAAUCAUCAUAGAGGCAAUUCAUCUUUUAACAAUUCAACAUAUAAUAAUAAUAGUAAUAAUAAUAAUAAUAGUAAUCGUAAUUUUUCAACAUCUAUAUCGACCCAGUCAACCAUGACAUCUUCAUCGUCGUCAUCGUUAUCGACACAUACAACCAUUACCAAAUCUUUGAGUUCAAGUUACCAUAAUCAUCAUUCAUCUUGGGAUGAUGAGAAUAGUUUUUAUCGUGUACAAAUUGGAGAAUAUCUUAUCGAUAGAUAUCAAGUAGUUAAAAUAGUAGGUAGCGGAACCUUUAGUACCGUUGUCGAAUGCAAAGACAUUAAAAGUAAUACCAUUGUAGCCAUCAAAAUAGUUAGAUCAAUUAAAAAAUAUAGUGAAGAUGCAAUGGUUGAAAUUGAAAUUUUAGAUUGUUUGGCAAGAAAUGGUAUAACAAAUCAAAAAUAUCAUUGUAUUAAAUUAUUAAAUUGGUUUAAACAUCGAGAUCAUGUUUGCUUGGUUUUUGCCAAAUAUGGUAUUAGUAUUUAUGAUUUUAUGAAAAAUAAUUAUUCAAGACCAUUCCCAUUAUCACAAAUUCAAAAAAUAUCACGUCAACUUUUAACUGCAAUUUAUACAAUGCAUAAAAUAUCAUUAAUUCAUACAGAUUUAAAACCAGAGAAUAUAUUAUUGGAGAAUUCUCAAUAUACUUUGGAUAAAUAUUUACCACUACAAAUUAAUAAUAAUCAUCAUCAUAACCAUAGAUCAAAUAAUAAUAAUAAUAAUAAUAAUAAUAAUAAUAAUAAUAAUAAUAAUAGUAGACUUUCAAAUCAAUCUUCAUCAUCAUCAUCAUCAUCUUCUUCUAAUUCAUCAACUUUAAAAGAUUAUCAAUUAUUAGAACAAAGUGAUAUUGUAGUAAUUGAUUUUGGUGGAGCAACAUUUGAAUACAAACAUCAUUCUAGUAUUGUUUGUAGUCGACCUUAUAGACCACCCGAGAUUAUUCUUGAUAUGGGAUGGUCAUUUCCAUGUGAUUUGUGGGGUGUAGGAUGCAUCCUAGUCGAACUAUACAUUGGGACUACACUGUUUGACACUUCCAAUAGUAGACAACACCUUGCCAUGAUGGAAAAGGUUAUUGGUCCACUUCCAUCAUCAAUGUAUUCACGUUGGAAAAAUCAUAUUGAUAAUCCUCUCUCCAAAACAAGUAACAACAAUAAUAAUAAUAAUAAUAAUAAUAAUAAUAAUAAUAAUAAUAAUGGUAGAAAUAUCUAUGGUGAAUGUGAUUCAAUUGAUUUGGAAAAGAUACAACCUUUAAAAAGUCUAAAAGAAUAUUUCCAUCCCGACCACGCACUCUUUUUCGAUCUAUCUCGUAAGCUUUUAGACUAUAACCCACAAAAUAGAAUAUCUGCUCACGAAGCUUUACAUCAUCCAUUUUUUCAACAACAAAUUUUAAAUGAUAUGAAAUAA